GCGUGAAGAUUUCGCGAUAAUCCUUUCCGAGAGCACAAACCAAAGCCACGGCACUCCUAAUGGGUUUGCAAAAACGGUGUCGUUCGUUUACGGAUCGAUUUCUGGUUCGGGCUAAAGGUCACGCUGUGUGUGGAGUAAGGCAAAGCAGGCAACUAGAUUAGCUUGAAAGUGAUUACUCCAAGGGUUACUUGAGUGAGUGCAAAUAGACAUAGGUACAUCGUUUCUUGGAUGCCGGUAGUGCAUGCCCUCAGUUCAACAACCCCCAGUUCUCCCCCCUGCGCUAACCUUUAUCAAUAGCGUUUUCACGCACGAUUUGGUAGGGCAACAAAUUAUGUGUCACUCGCUCGUCAGGCUUCAAAUAUGCUGAUAGUGUUGUGUACGCGUUGAUUAUUUAAUUCAAUGAAAGCAAGGCGACAAACCGAUCUUCCGUGCCUUCUUCUUUGUGACACUUGUACCCUUUUUCUAACAUAAGAUUCGUGGACUGGAACAUUCGAAAUGAUGUGUUCGGCGCAGUGGAAGAUAAAUAUUGGCAUGAAUAACCAAACAGUUGUAGAACGGUUUCCACGUAGCAUGGUAGUAGGCUGUAGCAUACGCUACCCGACGGUUUGUGCUUAGUAGCAGAAGAACCUAAUUUCGGACGGAUUUUUCUGUUGCAAAACAUUCUCUUUUUUGUGAACGUGAAGCAUAACGAAUAGUGAACACCGCCGGUGCGACACAAUGCACGUUGUUAUAGACUGUGCGUGUGGCGUCUUAACGUGAGCAUAACCUGGCAUUAUCGGCACGCAACGGCAUCUCACAUGUCGAUUUGCAGAAUAAACACUAUGUGUGACAAAUGUUAUGGAAAGAAAUAAUGUGCAACAACCCUAGCGAAGAUCGCUAAAUGACUUGUGGAACGAACGUUCACGAUUUUUGCCUUGUUUUUGGGAACGAUGUCGCCCGUCUGAAGGAAGUCAGUCAGCUCGUCUAACAGCAAAAUCAAAUAGCACCCUUGCUUCUGUGAUCCGCCCCGGUUCCAACCCUUGCGGUACCCGUCAGUCCGGCUCCUUUUGCGUCACGGUAACCCAAACAAAACACGGAUGGACCAACACUAUUCGGCGGGCAGCAGCAACGUCAGCCUGUUGGCUACGAUGGCACAGGCAAUGCGACACCUUAAUGCCACACUCACGACCAUGGGUAAUAAUGGUAGCGGUGGUAGUGGACAACACUACCACCAUCCACCGAUUGCCACCAUCGUAGGGCUGCCAGCACUACUCGAAACGACGGUACCCUUUCGCAACGACAGUACGGAUGGUGGCUUCAUUAACCUGCAGGACGACACCGACGACGACGGUACGCCUACGAUCUCGAUGGACAAUCUCUAUCCAGCGCUCAUACAGUGUUUCGCCAUCAUAAUUUGUGGAUAUCUCGCGGGACGGUUGAACAUCAUCAGUAACUUUGAAGCGAAAGGUCUCAACACAUUCGUCGGUACGUUUGCACUUCCGUCGGUCAUUUUCCUUUCCUUGGCGGAACUAAACUGGAGUACGGUCAACUGGAAUUUUCUGCUCUCGAUACUGAUCGCAAAGACGAUCGUGUUCGGUUCGGUGGCGAUCAUUUCGCUACUGGUGGCACGACCCAUCAACUAUGGCCGGGCAGGACUGCUGGCAAUCUUCUGCACGCAGAGCAACGAUUUUGCCAUCGGAUAUCCAAUUGUUUCGGCGCUAUACUCAAAAAUUCAUCCCGAAUAUGCUUCAUACAUCUAUUUGCUUGCUCCGAUUUCCCUGGCCAUCCUAAACCCCAUCGGAUACGUACUGAUGGAGAUCUCUAAAAUUAAGGACAAGAAUGCAGAAAAUAAUGCAUCAACGGAUGAAGAUACCAAUCCUCCACCUACAACAUGUCCAGAAUUAGCAGCCCAGAAUCGACGAAAAAUUUGGAAAGGAAAGGCACUCGUCGUGAUCAAGACGGUCGAAUCGAUCUUCUUCAAUCCGAUCCUGCUCAUGACGCUGCUCGGUGUGAUCGGUGGUCAAAUCUUUCCCAACGGUUUACCAGUUUAUCUGUCGAGCGUUUUGCGCUCGUUGGGCAACUCUUUCUCGGCCACCGCCCUAUUUCUGCUCGGAUUGCGAAUGGUCGGUAAGGCUUCGACGCUUCAGGGUCCGGGUUUGAUUCUGCCCGGGAUACUGAUCCUCGUAAAGUUGCUCGUGUUUCCGCUCGUCACAAGGCAAACGGUAAACAUUAUGAAUGCUGGUGCCAACUUUAGUGAAACGACAGAUCUGAGUACGUUCGGGUUCCUGUACGGUACGUUUCCGGCAGCACCGGGCGUAUUCGUGAUUGCUUCGCAAUACAAUCGAGAUGUGGACUUGAUUGCAAGCAGCAUGGUGGCAUCGACAUUUAUCAGUGCACCGUUAAUGUUCAUCUCGGCUAAAAUGAUCACAAUCACCAACCUCACGCCGGCCGACUAUCUAAACGAGCUGGACAAGUUCUCGUUCGAUAUCAGCAUCGUAGCGAUUAUUGCCGGUGUGUGGACGUUGCUACUGUUCGCACUUACCCGCAAGGUCAAACGGAUGCCACAUCGCAUCACGUGCUGUUUGCUCGUGUCGCAGCUGAUCUGCAACGUGGGCGUCAUACUAUGGUCAACGCUCGAACAAAACAGCCGCUGGAAGAUGUAUCUACAGUUUUACUUCUUCACCAUCGGUUGUUACAGCAGCCGGCUUUGGACGGCAUUUCUUGCGAUUACAAUACUGUUCCUGCAGUGUCGUAGCCUUUGCUUUGUGUUGAAGCUUUGGCCAGUGUUUAUUGCUGCCGCUUGGGGUCUACCAACGUUAAUAGUGUCGUUACUUCUAUUUCUGGACAACAAAAACAUUCUGCCGACGGAAAAACGGAAUCCAAGCUUUCAGUACGGAAAUGCCCAAGCCGCCAUUGCCGUGUUUCUGUUGGUAAUGUGCUUCAUCGUGACGGUCGGCUGUUUGAUAUUGCAUCAGCGGUUUAAGAAACGACACGAACGCUACCUUACGCUUUCACGCGAAGUGUCAUCACCGGACACAGAUACUAGCCCCGUUACGACUAGCUCGGUGGUGAAUCUUCUGGCUGGUGGUGGAAACUCUACAAUCCAUCAGCGAAGACGCCGGUCGGUGACGUCGAGUGACGAUGAAAUCCUGCCCGCUGCAGUAGCUACCGGAUGUGUGUCGCCGACAGUAGGAAAUGGUGGAUGCAACGAUGCGAAAGGUGGAGGCUGCUGCAGUAGUUCAUCCGGCACGAUACGCACCGUGGUUGACAUUGAAGAUCUCGCGAUCGGUGCCAGUAUUAAUAACGAUGUAGACGAGCCCGGUUCCCCGACGACCCAAUCGAAUGGAAUGUGUUCGGCACAGUUUAACUGUCCGGCGGCUGGCAAGCAGCAGUGCCAAUCGUUGAUCGAUCGCUACCGGGAACAGGCCAACGAUGGUUUGGAACCAGUCGAGUAUGACAAGACGGGUGAUCAGCAACAGAUACUACGGCACAUGGUGCUACUGAUCCUCUUGCUGUGCUCAAUGUUCGUCGGUCUCUCGCUUUCGGUGUGGACGCUUAUAAUGGAGGGUAUGUCCGGCAUCUACGUGGAGCUAACGUUUCUUGAUGCGUUCCUUAACUUCGGACAAAGUAUUAUUGUGUUGGCUGUGUUUAUUACCGACACCGGGGAGUUGCUGUUGCCGAUGAUGAAGUUUUGGCGCAAGGUUUGGUACGGUGCAAACUUGCUACAGCUACCGAUCUGGAGCGAUCUUAGUACGGAAACGCGCCACAUUUGCGAUCAGUUUACAACGCACCAUUUGGAGAUCUGUCGAAAGGCGAUUGCAAAGGACAUACGCUGGCGUAUCAAAGUAUAUCGACGAGUGUUCUAUGGUAGCGUUUUUGUCGAUUGGCUGCUGGAGGUGGGUCUGGCUAAGGAUCGAACUGAUGCAACGCACUAUGCACGCCGGCUGAUUGACGGACGCGUCCUGCGGCACAUCAAUAACGUAUACCACUUUCACGAUCGUAAUCUCCUCUACACGUUCUGUGAACGGCUGUAAAAUGCGGAAGACUAUUAGCAAGCAAAUUAAAGGAAACAAACAAAAACACCAAUACAUCAUUCCCGCACUGUGCAGCCAAUGUCGCCAAAAAGGGUGGGUGAUAGAGGGAUCGGACAAAAGCGGGAUAGUAUUAUCUAUCUUGCAUUGGGCAAGCUUUCUUAUUUCCCACCCAAUGCGAUAACAGAAAGGAAUGUGUUGGUCGGUGUUUUUUCUUCUUCUUCUUCUCAGCGGCGAUAAGCUAUCAUGAAGAUAAAAAAGGGUGGAGAUAGUUUUGCCAAAAUAUACAACCCCCCGCGAAGGGUGGUUUUUACAUGUGAGAGAGCUUUUAUUUUGUCUUAUUUAUUACAGUUUCGUUAAUACCUGUUAAGUUUUUUGCGCUUGUAAAUUUAUUCUGUGCAAUAUGUGUUUAAAGGGACAGGUUGAUACAGUAUGACAGUGUGAUAAAAUGGGGAACUCCCAAGCUCAAGUAAAGCACAAACCGUAGGAAUGUUAGUUUUGUGAGGUGAAAAGAGAGCAUAAGGUGAGCAGCUAUUUCUGAAGCACUACAUUACACGUAGUGCGUAACUUUACACGCAAUCUUGCAAUAGAACGCAACCCAUUAAGACAGAACGAAAGAGAGAGUUUUUUUUAGCAAACUAUGCUUUAUUGCAUCGGAACGAAACACCAAAAAUGUUGAUGGUGCACAAUAAAACUUGAGCUGUGCUUUUUACUUUAGUAAACUGUACUGUGCUAGAGCAGAAUAGAAAAGUAUUACAAAUGGUGGUAAUACAAUAUAUGUAGCCUGUUUCAGCAAUAUACCGGGUCACUGAACACAGAGCACUCACGAUCAGGCUAAUGCGGUUCGUGUUCUUAAGAGACAAAAGCGAACACGCAACUAUUGUGUAAAAUGUUUAAUAUUUAGCUACAAAUGAAAUAUUUAUUGUGUAAAAAUAAAAUUACACUGUUCUAAAGUAUA